AUGCCAGCCGCUUCCGAAUUCGCGAAGAUGCCAUUAUCGAAUGUCAGUCGUCUGAGUAUCACGCUCAAGCUUCCGUUAGCUUUCUUCCAGUCAGUGGAGGGACUCUCAGGCAACUAUCCUACAUCCUCAGACAUAGGUCCAGCAACGCAGCCAGCACGGCUUUGGCAAGAUUUAGGCUCCAUUCUCAGUCGUUUCGAAGCUCUCAAGAAGCUGGACUUGUGGCUCGAUCAUAGUGAGCCGCAAUUCUGGGUCGUGGUCAACGAACGCUCGACGCUUGACCCUCUUCUCACACAACUAAGUACUCGACCCGAUCUCGACGUCACCGUCACGCUACCCAUGCUUCACCCGAAAUUUGAACAGAACGAGCGACACUACACCGAAGACAGCAUCUCGGGCAAUAUUCGGAUGAACAGGGUGUUGAGGUCGAAAAAGCAUGCUGUUGUUGGUGCUCAAGGAUGUAUCGAGAUUGUUGCAUGCAACGACUUUCCAUUGUUCUCCGAGACAUAUCAGGCGAGAGGGAUGGGUUUGUCUGCGUUAGUCGGACGGGAGCGGGAACAAUGGAUACAAGGGCGCGAUGUGGAGGAUCAGUACAGAAAGCUUACGAGAGGUCGGUACUCAAAUUGGUAUCCCUAG